AUGCGGGACCCGCUGCGCUCCGCGCCCGCGCUGGCGCUCUGCGCCCUCACCCUGCUCCGCCUGGGCUGCGCACCCACCCGGGCACCCACCCGGGCACCGGCCCACGCACCGACCCGAGCACCAUCCCACGCACCCACUCGGGCACCGACUCACGCACCCACCCGCGCCCCGCCGCGCUGCCCCCCGCUGAUGCUGCAGCUGCUCCGCGCCCCUCCUGCCCCGCUCCGCGCCGCCGCCGCCGCUGCCCUCAGCCUCUCCCCGCACGGCUCCCUGCAGAACGGCUCCCGCUGGGCACUCUCCUUCGACAUGUCCUCCCUCUCCAGCAGCCAGGAGGUGAGUCUGGCCGAGCUCCGCAUCCGCCUGCCCGGCCUCUCCCCAGCCCGCAACGUCUCCCUGGACAUCUACCACAGCCGGCGGCAGAGGUGCUGGGGCGGCGGGACCUGUGCCCACCAGCUCUUCCUGGGCACCGUGGCUGGCAGCCCCUCUUCCACCCAAGCCUCCUGGAAAAUCUUUGAGGUCACCAGCCUGCUCCGGUCCUGGCUCCACCAAACCACGGUCCCUGGGCACCGCGGUCUCUCGGGAGGGGAGCGGUGGGAGGCGAGUGGGUUGGCCACCCCGGCCACCGCUGCGACGCACUCGCCCACCUUGAGUGAUGCUGGCCCCAAGGAACCAGCCCUGCCCCAGGAUGUGACGGACAGAGUCCUGCUGCUCGUCUUCUCCAAGGACAAGUCUCCGGGAGACCACAGCCUCAUCAGAACAGCGGAGACCUCCAAGCAUGUCAUGCGUGACAGCAGCUCCCAGGGCAUGGGGACCCGCCGGCACCGCAGGAAUAGGAAGGAGAAGCAAAGGAUCAAAGCAAGCGAUGCUGCCGCUGCCGUCCCGGGCGAGGAGGGCAGGUCCUUGUGUAGGAGGGUGGACAUGAUGGUGGAUUUCGAGCAGACCGGCUGGGGCAGCUGGAUCAUCUACCCCAAAAAGUACAAUGCCUACCGGUGCGAAGGGCAGUGUCCGUCACCCGUGGAUGAGAGCUUCAAGCCCACCAACCACGCCUACAUACAGAGUUUGCUGCAGCUCUACAAGCCCAACCAGGUGCCCUGCCCCGCUUGCUCCCCGGUCAGGAUGAGUCCCCUCUCCAUGCUCUACUACGAGAAGGGCGAAAUCGUCGUCCGCCACCAUGAGGACAUGAUUAUCGAGGAGUGUGGCUGCAACUGAGGCCAGCUCAUCCCUGCGGGAAGGGACACAUCUCUGCCCAGAAAGUGUCCCCGAGGACUGGCUGCCCAACCCACAACCAACGUGCAGACCGGGGCAUCACCGGACCCCUGCCACCUCCUAAUCCUGCGUGCCCAUGGGUUGGCUCUGGCUGUGCCAGGGAGGAGCGGGGUGCCCAGGCAUUAGCAGCUCUGCGGCACUGCGCGGCUGCAGUACACGGAUGGAUCCAGGCUUCGUGCAGGGAAGAUGCCGGUGGCAGCACCGAGGUGGUGGGUGCCUGACGGCUGCGUUUAGCCCGGAGCCAUGGUGCUGGCCGCUGUGUGCCGGGGCAGCUGAGGGCUGGUGUUGCUCCACAGAGGCAGAAGCCAGGGUGCAGGGCUGGACCUGCACUAUCGUUGCUCCAUGCCAUGACACGCUGCCUAUUGCGAUGCUCCUUUUGCCCACAAUAGCUAUCGCUGGUAGCUACGAGCUCUCGGCGGGACACUGCAGCACCAGUGUCUGGCCACACUGUUGGGAUUUUCAAUCAUCCCCAGGGUUCUCUUAAGACUUCUGUUAUAUUUCUAUUAAAACUUAUUAAAGCCCAGUGUCCAGAGCCCCUGGACGGAGCACCAUGUGGGCAGCAGCAGGCAGGGGUUCAUCUCAGCCUGCUCCUUCCCUGAGGCUUCCAGGUUGAGCGUGGUCCCAGGAGGGAUGGACCCAGGAGGAACUGGCUGGCAGCAGGCAGCAAGGCAGCGACCUGCAUCAUAUACGUUCCUUGCCCAGGACCACGCAGGGAGUGAUGCAAAAGAUGGACCUGGGGCUCCCGCAUCCCUCCCCAAAGCAUCAUCCAUUCACCAGGAGCCAGAGAGGGUUUGCACGGGCACAAGAGGUGCCCCUGGAAAUAAUGCAGCCCCGUGGUCGGUCUCAGUGGGUCUGGGCCCCUCCCCCCAGCCCUCCUACCUGCCCUGAACAUCCCGGCUCACUCACUGCUUUCCUUUGUAAAACCACGGCUUUGCUCAAAGCUUUUCCACCACUUGCUGGA